GAGACGCACGGGGCUGCGCGCUUCGGGCCCUUUCUACUACGACCUCUGCCCACCCGCCGCGAGUUGAAGAUGCUCGCCGCCGUGUCCCGCGUGUUGGCGGGCGCCGCCCGGAAGCCAGCUAGCAGAGUGCUGGUGGCGUCCCGUAGCUUUGCCAGUGACGCUACAUUUGAGAUUAGGAAAUGCGAUCUCCACCGGCUGGAGGAGGGCCCGCCCGAGACCGCCGUGCUCACCAGGGAGGACGGCCUUCGCUACUACAAGAUGAUGCAGACCGUCCGCCGCUUGGAGCUGAAGGCCGACCAGCUGUACAAGCAGAAGAUCAUCCGCGGCUUCUGCCACCUGUGCGAUGGGCAGGAAGCGUGCUGCGUGGGGCUCGAGGCCGGCAUAAAUCCCACGGAUCAUCUCAUCACUGCCUAUCGGGCUCACGGCUUCACCUUUACCCGGGGGCUCACCGUCCGAGAGAUCCUGGCGGAGCUAACUGGACGCAGAGGAGGUUGUGCGAAGGGGAAAGGUGGUUCAAUGCACAUGUAUGCCAAGAACUUCUAUGGGGGCAACGGCAUUGUGGGCGCGCAGGUGCCCUUGGGGGCUGGAAUCGCUCUGGCCUGCAAGUACAACGGCAAAGAGGAAGUCUGCCUGACCCUUUACGGGGAUGGUGCUGCGAACCAGGGCCAGAUAUUUGAAGCUUACAAUAUGGCAGCUUUGUGGAAACUACCGUGCAUUUUCAUCUGCGAAAACAACCGUUAUGGAAUGGGAACGUCUGUGGAGAGAGCAGCCGCCAGCACCGACUACUACAAGCGAGGUGACUUUAUUCCGGGGCUCCGGGUAGACGGGAUGGAUGUCCUGUGCGUCCGGGAGGCUACAAAGUUUGCAGCCGCCCACUGCAGAGCUGGGAAGGGGCCCAUACUGAUGGAGCUGCAGACCUACCGCUACCACGGACACAGCAUGAGCGAUCCCGGAGUCAGUUACCGCACCCGAGAAGAAAUUCAGGAAGUCAGAAGUAAGAGCGACCCCAUUAUGCUUCUCAAGGACAGGAUGGUGAACAACGACCUCGCCAGUGUGGAAGAGCUCAAGGAAAUCGACGUGGAAGUGAGAAAGGAAAUCGAGGAUGCAGCCCAGUUUGCUACAGCAGAUCCGGAACCGCCUCUGGAAGAACUGGGGUAUCACAUCUACUGCAACGACCCGCCUUUUGAAGUUCGUGGUGCAAAUCAGUGGAUUAAAUUCAAGUCAGUCAGUUAACGGGAACCCACGUGCAAAUAAUCUCUUACCAGAUCUUACUGGGAAUUGUCACCCUCAACUUUUUGGGUUUUUUCAAGGAGGAAUUUUUGUGUGUUUGUUUUAAAGAUAAGGGUUUUAUUAACACGGCAUACUAUAGAAAAGGGAACGUGGUUUAUAUUACCAAAAGAUAAGGCUUUGUUAACUGAAGGGGCCAGGGAUGAGAUACUGAGGAAGGGGAGAGGGAGAACCCCAGACAUAAAGGGUUGAAUAGGAUAUUGUUGAUUUCAUUUCUUGAGAUAGGCGAUGUAAAUAGUGUCUUUUCUAAAUAAAUAAAUAAAAGUCCCUC